AUGGGAUUUUUGAGUGGUGUGCUUGGUGCGGUGAAAAACGAAAAUGAAGUGACAACUUAUGAUAAUUACAUCAGUGAUGAGAAUAAAAAGCUUAAUAAGGUAUUAGAAAAAUUAACUAAAAAUAUUGGCUCCGGGCGUGAUGGGCUUGCGGAGGCUGUCGACGCGGUGAAGGAGUGGCUGGAGGGGUAUGAAAAGAAAUUAGAUGAAAAAAACAAAAAAAUUACAUCGCCUCUAAACACGUUAAUUACCGAAAUUGAUGCCCGUAUGAAAGACAUUCCAGGUAAAAGGAAUGAGGAUUAUGAUUCAGUUUCAGGUAAUUUCGCCGCCUGGCUCAUGGGUGUCAGGAGGCUUGCCAGCAAGCCAAGCGUAUCUGCUGAUCGAGUAAAAAAAUUGGAUCCCAAGCUUUCAGGUGAGUUAAGUCCGCAUGUAGACAUGGUUUCGCAGGCUGUCAACACCUUCGUUGAUAAUGCGAAGAGGGACCGGAAGGAGUUGGAGACAGCUUGUAGUAAAGUGCAAGUGGAAUUGCGUGAGCUUGAGAGGGAGGUUACGGCUUACACUACUUUUAAAAAUGGUAAAUGUGUUGAGGUUUUGCAAGAAGAGUUUGACGACAAAAUUAAGAGGCCCAUUGAAAAUGUGAAAAGCAUGUUGAACGGCCUUAAUAUCAAGUUGAAUGAUUGGAUCAUAUUGGCCAAUGAGGUGGUGGAAAAGGCGUUAAGUAAAUGUACGGAAAUAUUGGAUAAAUUGAAGGCAGAUGGACGAGGAGAAAGGGAGGCUGUAAGAAAAGCGGCUGAAGAACUGCAUAGCAAAGCCGACUCGCUGCGUCUAUUUGUCGUCGAAGCUAAAAAGGAGCUCACUAACCUAGUUGAAAAGGCACUUUCACAGGUUGUUGAAUUCGACAGGGCGAUUAGGACUGGACUUAAGAAUACGAAGGAUAAUAUUAAGAUUGCAAUGGAGAAGUACGUUAAGAAGCAGUUGUUGAGUGAUAUUGCAGCUACGAUGGCUGAAAUUACCGGCGCAAACGAGGGGGAUGGGCUGAAACAGAUUAUUGAAAGAGUGCAAGAAUACGCUAAGAAAUUCAGCGAAAAGGAAACGUUCAGAAAUGAGAUUCUUAAGCAGUGGAUAAAUAGAAUAUUGGUGACUGAACCGGUGCAAGAGUGUCUGAAGCAGUAUGCCGAGACUCCCGGUAAAAAUGCUUUGCUGCCUGGAAAAUGGAAUAGUCCCGGGAGGAAAUUUAGUGAGGGCACUUUGGAGGAAAUCGCCAGUAAGAUUAGUGAACAGAUAGAGAAAACGAUUCCCGACGCCUUUCAGUCUGCCGGCGUUCAAAGCUUAGCAAGCAUUGAAUCCCAUGUUGGUAUCGCCAAAAGGGCUUGCGACGCGUUUGCGAUGCGGCUCGGAGAUAAGAUUAAGACGGAUAACGGAAUGCGUUUGCUCGCCUCUGAAGUAUCUAAGACGAUUGAGAGACAGCUGACGGGUAAGGGCGAAGCCGAAAUUACUGCGGAAAAUGUAAAACUCCGCAAACCCGUUUACGCCGUUAUCUACCAACUCGUUGGCGUUGCCAAUAAAACUGCUGAAGCACUGGAAUCAUUCAGUGGCGAGACGGAUGUUUCAAAACUCGACAUCGGUAAACUGCACGCUGCGUAUAAAGUAGCUGAAGGGCUUGAAAAGGAGCUCAUGAAAGCAACUAAGCCGACAGAUCCAUUCACACCUGUGCAACCCAUUCCUCCCUCUGACGUUCUAGACAAGAAUGAUACUUACAGUUAUGACCGUAAAAUUCUUGGUAUACUGGAUAGUGAAAUAGGCAUGGAAAAUGAUCAUGGUAGAGGUGGUCAAGUGGAAAGUGUUGUUGCCAAAAGCUUCGACCUCUAUGAAACAUACCUCAGCCAAUCUAGCGUGGCUAAUGGUAAGCUUGGAGACGCUGACAACGAGGGCAAACUUCCGGAAGCUAUAAAGUCCAUUGUAAAGGAGGUGAACGGAAUCAAGCAUCUAGGACUAGUGGAAGACGGCAAACAUAAGCGUACCACAAAUGACAAUUUCAACAAAGACACUUUCGCAAACUUAUGCAACCAAGUUACCGAGGCAGUUGGAAAACUCUGCGAUGUCGUCCGGGAUUUGAUCCUAAAUAGCGAUGGUGAUGAUUCUGAUCACGUUGGUCCAUACCUGAGUGGUAAAAAAGGUCUACAUAUUUUAUUGAAAGAUUUGGAAGCUAUGCUUGGCAGAAACAAAGGUAUCAGUACAAACAUAUUUAAGCUUAAUACGGGUCUUCAGACCAUUCAUGAUGACAUCCAAAGUAAAAUCAUUGGGGACGCCAGGAACGCCGAUCUCGAUAAGCCCACCACGCUGACAGAUGUCAUCGCCGCCGCGCAGAUAUUUUACAGCGAAACUAUUAGAAAUGAAAUUAAUGAAUGCAUCUCUGACAUCACCGCCAAACUUAAAGAAGAGGUCACCGAUAAAAUCGAUAACCUAAAAAAAUCCGCCCUCACGCAAUUCGCGAAACGCAAAACUGCCGAGUUAGAGGAGCUGAAAAAGUUCGUUCACGACCAGAAAAAUAUCAUCGAUAACAUCAUUUUCACAAAUCAGACAACCGGCCUCAAGGGUCUGAUGAACACUAUUGGCACUAACCUUCAAGCGUACGUUGAUCCACUGAGAUAUCCAAACGUGAAGGAUUUAUCAAAACAUCUUGAUUUCUAUUUCAAUCCCCUCUUUACCUACAUCAUCUCCCAAACCAACCCCUCCUCCCAACUGGUCGCCGACCUCCAAUCCCGCACCCACGCCCUCCUCACCCACCUCCACGACAACAAUCGCACCUUCACCUUCGACUCCGGUUUCCGCUCCCUCCUCCACGGCCUGACCACCUACCUGUCCACGUUCAACCCCGCUGGCUUCGCGAACCCGCACCACCCGCAACUCCUGGAUGCGCUGAAGGCAGGGAUGCAAGGGCUGGUAGGGGAGAUGGAAAAGGCGUAUGUUAAUAGGUAUGACGGGCAUCCUAAGAUGGAGUGGACGACACAAAAUAAGGAGCAAAAAGAUGAAAUAACCGCCGACGCUACGCGCUGCGCCAAGGUGUUUAUGAGCUGCCUGCCGAUGUGGGUGGAGGACCUCGGGGAGUUGAAGAGGAGAUGUGAGGGUAGUUGGAGCAAGAAAGCUAUACAUCUUAAAGAUGAAAUUGAUAAAGAAAACCCUCUUGGUGAGUUCCUCAAGCAGUGCGGUUACAGGGUUCCUACCAGUCAGAAGUCGCAUCAGGACGGGGAGCUGCAGUGCAGACAUACGUUCACUGGCAAACAUAUCGAUGGAAUUCUCGGUAAGAUCAUACAAAUGUCGAAUCUAGAACACGUUCCGCAGUGUAGAUCACGGGAGAAAGAAUGGAACUUUAAUAUCAUGGAUUUCAUAGCAUGCCUCUACAGUCACCUCGACGAGUAUAACGAAGUAUGUCAUCUAUCAACGUUAUUCUCCAAAAGGCAUCCGUGCAGUAUAUACGAAAUACUCUGCUGGUUCUCAGGGCUCCCUCAUAGUACCGUAUAUUCAGCGUUACCUGGCGGCAUCACCAAGCUGCUUGAUAAACCUAAGAAGCAAGCCAUAGAUAGCGGUGACUCGGGAAUUGAAAUUGAGUUCGAUGAUGAAAACGCGUACUACCUGGAUGCGCAUCCACAUAAGUUCACAUAUAAAGAUAUCUAUGCUGUGAUUGAACUAAUUUGCUCCAAAUCAUACGACGUGUUGGCUAGAAUCGCCGGCACAGGUGAUGAGCACACCAGGUACGCCUGCGAAUACGCAAACAAUUCCCUCAAGCUGCAUUACCCUAAGACGGCGGACGAUUGCCUGCCAAUGUUACUUGACAUGUUACGUAGAUUGCUCUCCGUGUUCCGAUUCCUCGAAUCCAAGUGUAGUUAUUCGGCCGUGGAGUUCGGUUGGGCGGACUGCCAGUACGGUAAAAAUGUGCCUACGACCAAAUCGCAUUGUAACGACAGAUCAACGGAUGAAGCAACGUGCCAGGCAGAGUGUAAACCAAAGCGCCAGUCAAAGUGCCAACCAAACAGUCAACCAAAUUGCCAGCCAACCUCUCCGUUGAUGAGUUACCUAAAUGACUGUUUGCCGGGUCACUUGCCGCAUCAACUCACGAAUGUCGGUUGUAAAUCUGAAUGCAAGACGUGCCCCGGUAAUAAGCCUGGAAUGCCAUGCUUAACGCCCCUUGGAUUCAGAGGCUUCUCUGGGUCAAUUAAAACGGGUGAACAAUUAUGUAGCAUUAUUAAAAAGAUAUUAGGCAACGGUAUGAUUGCGUGUCUAUUCACCCUCGCACCCAGGCCGCCAACUACGUUACCGGAGCACUUCCAGUUUGCUGUGUCACUUGCCAAGGGACUUGAUACUUCAAAGCAGAGUAAGGUUGACGGCAUUAAAACAUUGGCAGACACCAUCGCAAAUUCUAUUAACGCUAGCUCCAUCAAGCUGUAUGAAAAUACUAAUGAGUUGACAACGCCGAUGUGUAAAGCCUAUGGCAAUACACCAACCGAGCAUCGCAGCCCGAAUCGUACCAACAAUAAACUUAACCUGUCGUGCAUUUCACUUACCACUUCCUGCAUCAGUCAGGAGCAUUGCGUUCCCUACCUUUCUCCCCUAAGCUGCGACACUUAUCAUUACCUUGUCAACAAGCAAUCGAACUCGUACCUGUCAUGGGCAGUUUACUUGCCGUGGACAUUCCAUAAAUAUCUUGCAAGUCUACUCGACGCGUUUAAGGCUAUAAGAUGUGAAGACUGGGGAUGCAGUAACUGCUUGCAUACCGAUAUAUGCAAGGGAGAGAGUCAUGGUAUGCUUAAUCCAGCGGAGAAAGGAACGGGUUGCCAAUGUACUUCCGUUGUACAUUGCAACGGCGUAUCUCCAACGUUAUACCAAUAUGGGUUCACAUUCAGGGAUGCGCAGAAUUUGAUAUCGUUAAAAAGAAACUGCUUCAAUAUGCGAAGUCACCUGUACAAUGUUGUUAAUUCCGACUAUUUCACUGAACUAUUUAAGCAAUGCGACAUGUUACUGUGGAGAAUCCGUGAACCCUUCUCCUACCUUGUCCUCACCCUCUGGCUCCUCUCUUCCCUCUACCUCCUCCACAUCAAAUCGCAUUUGCACUCUCCCUCAUCACAUCGUAUCGCCGCGCAAUCACUGCUCGCCGCUGCACGUGUCGGCAAAUUUGCCAAGAUAUCGUAUCUGCAGCCUUGA